AUGGCUCUCUACCAGUUUCCCUUGCUUUCAAAUGCUAUUAUCUUCAAAACCAAAAUGCUCCAAUCAAAACCAAUGCCAUCACUUCCAACGGUUAAGACCUCUGGUGUUCCACGUCCAAUCCAAUGCAAGGCUUUAGCCACUAUUGUUUCUAAUCGAAAAGAUUCUUCUCGUGGAUCUGCAAAUCACUUUCAACCUUCAAUUUGGGAUUAUGAUUAUAUCCAAUCGAUAAGAAGUGAUUUUGUGGAAGAAUCACAUCUAGAAGAAAGAGAUCGGUUGAAGGGAGAAGUAAGAGUGAUGCUUCUGACUUUGACAAAUCCUGUGGAACAACUAGAGCUCAUCGAUGACUUGCAAAGACUGGGAGUGGCUUAUCAUUUUAGCCAAGAGAUAAGAAAAAUAAUGGAAAAGAUUUACAAUAAUGACACAUUCAAGGUAAAUAACAAUUUACAUGCCAUGGCUCUUGAAUUCAGACUAUUAAGACAACAAGGCCACUAUGAUGUGUCAUCAGAGACUUUUGAUGGAUUCCUCGAUAAGAAUAGUAAUUUUCAUUCUAGACUUUCGAGUGAUAUCAAAGGUUUGCUAUCUUUGUAUGAAGCUUCUUUUCAUUCAAUGGAAGGUGACAUAGUUUUGGAUAAAGCGAGAGAGUUUAGCUCAACUCAUCUCAAAGAAUUUCUGAACAAAAGCAAUGAAGACGAUGAGAUAUCACUCUUAGUUAGUCAUGCUCUGGAGUUUCCACUACACUGGAGGAUAUUGAGAUUAGACACUCGAUGGUUCAUCGAUAUUUAUGAAGGAAGACCGAGCAUGAGCCCUGCUUUGCUUGACCUUGCUAGAUUGGACUUCAACAUCGUACAAGCUAUUCACCAAGACGAUAUGAAAAAUGUAUCAAGAUGGUGGAAAAGAACUGGACUUGGAGAAAAACUGAGUUUUGCAAGGGAUAGAAUGGUUGAGAACUUCAUUUGGACAGUGGGUUUAGCUUUUGAACCACACCUUGGCAAUUUUAGAAGAGCGAUGUCAAAGGCUAAUGCAUUGAUAACUACAAUUGAUGAUAUUUACGAUGUUCACGGCACUUUGGAAGACCUAACACUUUUCACAGAAGUUGUUAAUAGGUGGGAUAUAAAUUCCAUGGAUGAACUUCCAGACUACAUGAAAAUAUGCUUCCUUGCACUUUAUAAUUUUGUCAAUGAAGUGGCUUUUGACUUCCUCAAAGAAAAUGGGUGCAACAUCAUUCCACACCUUAAGAAAAUGUGGGCUGAUCUCUGUAAAUCAUAUCUGGUUGAGGCUAAAUGGUACUAUCGUGACUAUAAACCCAGCUUUCAUGAGUACCUAGAAAAUGCAUGGAUUUCAAUUAGUGUACCAGUCGCACUUUUUCAUGCCUAUUUUUCACUUCCUAAUUCAACAAAUAAGGAGGACUUGAUUUGGUUAGAUGAAUAUUCUAAUGUUAUCCGAUGUUCAUCAACCAUUUUCCGCCUUGUCAAUGAUUUGGGAACAGCUAAGAGAGAAAAGGUGACUGGCGACAUACCCAAAUCAGUUGAGUGUUAUAUGAAUGAAACAGGAGCUUCUGAAGCUGAUACUCACAAGCACAUAAAUUCCUUGAUCUGUGAAACUUGGAAGAAGUUGAAUGAAGAAGUUAGCAAUUCUUCUUAUAAUUCAAGGAGUUUCGUUCAAGUUGCUGUGAACCUUGUAAGGAUGUGCCUGCGCAUGUACCAACAUGGAGAUGGGCAUACUGUUCAAGAUGAUGAAACUAAGAAUCGUAUAAUAUCACUACUUUUCAAGCCUAUUGUAUGA